AUGGAACUGGAUCCUGCACUGCCUGUUCUCAACCAGACUGUGCUCACCUCUGGGCCUGGGCCUUUUGUCCUGUUGGGGGUGCCAGGACUGCAGACCUUGCAUGCCUGGCUUUCAGUGCCUGUGUGUCUGCUGUACAUGGCUGCUUUGGCAGGGAAUGCCCUUCUCUUGGGGCUGGUAGCCACUGACAAGACACUUCAGACACCCAUGUACCAGCUGCUGGGGCUUCUGGCAGCCGCGGACUUGGUUCUGGCCACAUCCACAGUGCCCAAAGCUCUGGCUGUGCUCUGGGGCCUGUCAGGGGAGAUCUCCUUCGCAGCCUGCCUAGCCCAGCUCUUUGUAACCCAUGUGACCUUCAUUGCUGAGUCUUCAGUGCUCCUGGCCAUGGCCAUAGACCGCUAUGUGGCCAUCUGUCAGCCUCUGCGCUAUGGGGCACUGCUUACCCAGCGUGUGGUGGGCAUAGUGGCAGUAGCCGCAGUGACCCGUGGUGCCUGUGUCAUGGCACCUCCAGUGGCCUUGCUCCAGAGACUGCCUUACUGUGGGCAGCGGGAGCUCCCCCACACCUACUGCGAACACAUGGGUGUGGCUCGGCUGGCAUGUGGCGACACACGCCCCAACGUUUGGUAUGGCUUGGCCACCACAUUGCUGUCUCCAGCCCUGGACUUAGGGCUCAUUGCUGCUUCCUAUGCCCUCAUUCUCCGUGCUGUAUGUCGCCUGCCAUCCCAUGGUGCCCGCUGCAAAGCCUUGGGUACCUGUGGGGCGCAUGCCAGCGUCAUCACUCUUUUCUACACCCCUGCCCUCUUCUCUUUCCUGGCUCACCGUUUUGGCCGCCACACAGUGCCCAGUCAUAUCCACAUCCUCCUGGCUAACCUCUAUGUGGUGGUGCCACCUGCCCUUAAUCCUGUGGUCUAUGGAGUACGUACCCAGCAGAUUGCUCAGAGGCUCCGGUACUUGCUUCGGCUCUGGUGGGCAAGGGCAGUAAGGGAUGUGGGCCCCGAGAGGGCCUCCCGUGGCAGUGAAUGA